AAAGUAACGAAACUCUUCGUCUCAUCGGGCACCAUGUCUAUGAAUAUCGAUGGAACCUGCCAGGUGCUAGCUGAAGAAGUUGUCAAAGUUGAAGAUAUUGACCAAGCAGCUGCCCGAACUGAAUUAGAAGCAGCUCAACGUGCUGCAGUAGAAGGAAGUGACUUAGCCAAAGCUGAAGCUUUGAUACGAGCCGAGGUAAUGUUUUCUUCAUCUGCACAAUAUUUGGUAUGUGAAUAA